AUUACCUUUAACUGGAUCUACUCUUGUAAAGUUCUGUACUUGACUGGUAAACAUACUCCCAGUACUUUUGGCCUCUUCUCCAGCCCCAGGGUUUGUCUUCCACUUGAUUGCUGUUUCUCUCGGAGCAUCAUCAUUGGUCCAUACACAGAACAGUUUCCCCUCUCUGGCAUUCUUGGCCGCUGGAAAAGAGAGAGAGAAAGAGGGAGAGUAAACCCAAAGUAUUAUUGAAACUCUGUCCACUGUGAGCCUAGGAAGUGUCUGUGAGGGCACCACAGCCUGAGGACAUGGGAGUCUCUCAUGGCAAGAAGAGAGAUCUCCAACAUUUGCCACGUAGAAGCAAGACACACCUGAACAAGUCUGAAAUGCAGACACGCAAAACUGAACAGCAAGAUCUGUACUCAGAGUUUCAAGCUCCUCCACUACAGAAUGAGGAGGAGAGCUGUGAUCUCAUCAAACCUCAAAAACCUCUCAAUCCUAUAACAGCCUCCAAGAACCACCAGGAGCUCCACAGAGAACUGCGUCUGACCCACAACAGGAGAGUGCUGCAAGAAGGAAAGAGUGAACUCCAGAGGGCUUUAGAAAAGAGAAAAUGGGAACAAAGGAUGAAGGCAAGCAGGGAUCAGAAUGAGGCACAGAAGAGCGGAUCACCGCUUCAGCAAGAGCUGCUGAGGAGACAUCAGCGGCUAGAAAAGCUGGAGAGAGACAAAGAGCGACUGCGAGAGGGACCAGAGUUCCUCCAAGUCAAAGAGAGACUGAGGAGAACCGCUGUGGUGGAUGCAGGAGAAAAAGAAGUGUGACAGUUAUGAUGUUGGAUUGUAUUUGUAUGUUUUCUGUUGACAGUCAGCUCAAUGGACUGUUUUGGAUAAGUGACUGGUUUGACAAAAACUGAUCACCUCUGUGGGCGUGGGAGUUUAUGUUUUUUACAGAGGUAGUAGAGGAGAAUAAGAUAUAUCGUAAGACAGUAGCUAUACAUGUAACAGUCCUCUGGGAAUUCACAUGCUACUGAAUGAUUGUUUUAAUAUUUUUUUAAAUCUCAUCGCAUGUCUUUAGUACGUCCAGCUU